ACUACAGGCGCAAAUCCACAACACAAACAACAAUGAAAGAAGAAAAGCAAUCAUUUCGAAACCCAAACCCUAAACAAUCCAAACCCCAUCAUGUGAGUCAUAUCGGCGGAUUGCCGAUCGAGUUUCCGCACCAGCCGUACGGUUCACAGCUUGCCUACAUGAGCAAAGUAAUCGCGACGCUUGAUCGAGCGCAACGGGACGGCCAUUUUCACGCUUUACUUGAAUCCCCAACUGGUACUGGAAAGUCAUUGUCUUUGCUUUGUUCCGUUCUUGCUUGGCAGAAGAAUCAUAAGCUGAAAUAUUCUGCUGUUUAUGGUGAUCUUAAUCACUCGAAACCUGAUCCCGAGGCCUUCGUUGACCCGCUCGGGCACGGUGGUGGGUUUGUUCCUCAAGUGGAACCCUCAGCUAAUAUGAUGCCUACUCUUACCGAGACAAACAAUACAAAGCAGAAGAAAAAGAAAGGCCCUGUUAUCUACUAUUGCACGAGGACACAUUCACAGAUUAGUCAAGUGAUAGGCGAAUUUCGGAAAACAAAUUACCAUGCGCCUAUGGCUGUUUUGGGAUCUAGAAAACGCUACUGCACCAAUGCUAAAGUUCGUGAUCAAGAUAAUAUAGAUGAGAAAUGCAAGCUACUUCUCAAAGAGUUAAAAAUAAAGAAAGUUGGCUGCCGAGAAUUUGUGAAUGCACCGAAGAUCCGGGCCCACCCUUCUCUCAGAAAAGGCGGCACCCAUGAAGUUCAUGAUAUUGAAGAUCUUUUAAAAGUUGGAGAGAUGGUAGAAGGCUGCCCAUAUUUUGCAUCUCAAGACAUGGCUGAAGUGGCAGAUAUUGUAUUUUGCCCAUACAACUAUAUAAUCAACCCACAAAUCCGGAAAGCAAUGGACAUAAAGAUUAAAGGAAAUAUUAUCAUUCUUGAUGAGGCUCAUAACAUAGAGGACAUAGCACGGGAUGCUGCUAGUAUAGAUGUUGAAGAAGAUAUUCUUUAUCAAUUACUCAGGGAACUUGAAGAUCUCUCACAAAGUUAUCGAGUUGCACCAGCUGACCAAGUAGAGAUUUACAGGCCUUUACAUGAAAUGAUGGAGGGCAUUUUGGGUUGGAUCAGGCAGAGGAAAAAAUCACUCGGGAAGCAUAGUUUUCAACAUAAUGCAUCAUGUUGGGCUGCUGAUAAAGCUGUAAAAGAACUUCAAGAAGCAAACGUAUCAAAGCAGUGCUUCCCAAGCUUACAAGAUUGUGCCACAAGGGCGAUUGGAAUUGCCACAGAAGCAGACCCAGAGGUUGAUCACUUAAGUGGCAUGCCUUGCACGGUAUUAGAAGGCCUAUUUUCUUCGCUUACCUACUUUUUCUCUGAAGAUGGGGCACACAUCUGUGAUUAUCUGCUUGCAUUGCAAUGUCAUACCAAAAGUGGUGCUGGAAUCACUGAUGAUGACUGGCCCUGUACUUUUAGUCUGUGGUGUUUAAAUCCAGCUCUUGUUUUCAAGAAUAUUGCUGACAGUUCUCUUUCAGUGAUUUUAACGUCUGGGACUUUGUCACCAAUGAACUCAUUCCAAUCUGAACUUGGGGUUCAGUUCGGAAACUCUCUUGAGGCUCCACAUGUUAUUAAUGUUGAUUCACAGCUAUGGGCUGGUGUGAUCCACAGUGGGCCAGAUAAUUACCCACUGAAUGCAAGUUACAAAACAUCAGAAGGCUAUGAUUUCCAAGAUGCACUUGGCACAUCUCUGGAAGAAAUAUGCAAAGUUGUCCCAGAUGGAUGCUUGGUAUUUUUCCCGAGCUAUAAACUUAUGGACAAAUUACGCAGUCGUUGGUCUCAAACAGGUCAAUGGUCUCGCUUGAAUGCACAGAAACCUGUUUUUGUUGAGCCAAGAGGAGGCCAGGAGGAUUUUGAGCAAUUACUUAAAGAUUAUUAUGACACAAUUCGUCAUGGCAAUAAACCCACGAAUGGAAGGAGAAGAACUAAAAAGUGGGAUGCUAAUUGUACUAAUGCAACAAAGAGCAAAGGGAAUUCUAUGAAGGGAGCUACAUUUCUUGCUGUCUGUCGAGGAAAGGUCUCAGAAGGAAUUGACUUCUCUGAUGAAAAUGCUCGAGCGGUUAUAAUUGUAGGGAUCCCUUUUCCAAAUGUGACUGAUAUGCAAGUAGCUGAAAAGAAGAAAUACAAUGAUAGACAUAAAUCAUCUAAAAGCCUUCUUAGUGGCAGCGACUGGUACUGCCAGCAAGCUUUUCGAGCACUUAAUCAGGCAGCAGGCCGUUGCAUCCGACACAGGUUGGACUAUGGAGCCAUAAUAUUCUUAGAUGAGCGUUUCCGCCAAGAAAGAAAUUUAACUUACAUUUCAAAGUGGAUAAGGAAAUCCAUUAGAGAGUAUGAUGAUUUUGGUCAAUCAUUAGAGGGAUUAAAGUCAUUUUUCAGAGGCAUUAAGGUUGAGAAUGAUGCAAGUUCUAUGCAGCCAAUUGAUGUUAAAGCUAUUGACUUGGAGGAGCCAAGUAAUUGGUUCACAGACAUGAAGAACCACACGGUCACUAAGUCCAACCUAAGAGGACAAAAAUUCGUUUCAAAUGAAGUCGCGGCACCUGAAAAGCGGAACCAGACAGAAUCUAAGUGUCAGGAAAAAAGGGCAGCCAAUAAGUCAUAUUGGUACAGGUGUUCUUUACCACCAUUAUCUCCUAAUGAUUAUGAGGUAUCGGUUGUCAAGGAAACCCCAGUGAAUGGUAGCAGUGUUGCUAAUGCCUUGUCAGUUCCUGAUAAUGACUAUGAGCCAUUCACUGUGAAGGAAACACCAAUCAAGGAAACUUGUCCUAUUACUUAUGAAUCUGUCUCUGACGAUGAGUUCUCUAAUUCAACCAUAAUCCAAACCAAGCUUCAAGAUCAGCAGUUACCACAUUCAUUUUCAUCCCCUUGCUCUACUUCUACUUCUGAAUGCAUGAAUGGAUUUGUCACUCCUAGAAAAGAGCAUAUAUCUCAUAAUAGAUCACCGUUAUAUUCUAGUGUCAAUUCACAUGCUCAUAAAAGAAGAAAGUCUUCAGCCUCUGUGCUGGUUAAAAUGGAGCAGUGUGGUUCUCCUAAUCUUAUAACUCCAACUGAAGUCAUGAAGUUUGGUGUUCCUCGAUCCUGCACUCUGGAUAGAUCAGAUAUAUCAUCCAUAACUAGUGGUGAUGUGAUGAAGAAAGAUCUAAGAAUUUCAUGCUCACUUUGCCGAAAUUCCUUAGGACUAGAGGAAAAUAAUUAUAUUAUUUCUUCUUCAUUGAUGUCAUUAUCUAAGGUGCACCUGACAUCUCUUUGGAAAGGAACGUUGGAGGAGCCAGCAGAGGGUCCUACAAGUAUACCAGUUGUGGUAACUGACAUUACAUUGGUUGAUAGGAGAAUAUGGGAAAGAAGUCCAGAAGGUAGUAUUGGACAAGGAAUAUGGAGUAAAGAAGAUGGUUGUGUAUAUAAUACAAUUUUCUGCAGUGGCUGCAGCAAUCAAGACAAUUGCCUUGGUUUGCAUGUGGUUGCAACCGAUUCAUCUAAUGUGCAGUUCCUAAACAAGGUGCUCUUAUAUUCCAACAAACUUGAAAUGCAGCAUAUUGAUUCAUUAACGAAUAAGGAACUCUCGCCCUCUUGUGCUACGAGUGGGACUGAAACCACAGCACAUCCAUUUGACAAAUUUGCAUAUGUUCCACAAGAAACAAACUCCUUAGGAUGGCGAUCCACAAAAUCGAGGAUGCGACUACCCAAAAAGGCUCAAAGUUCGACUGCAAAAUAUUGACGCCUGUAAAUCCGGAAUUAGGCUAUAUCCGUUUUCUUGACAUUAGACAGAGUAGAGUUAUGUAUGGUUUUUGUAUAGAUUGAUUGAGCCUCAAAUAGGCCGUUGGAAUAAUGUAUUGGGGAGAUUUUGGUUCUAUAUGCUAAUUUCUAGUCAUUAACUAUUCUUGUUC